CGACAAGUCCUCAACAGUGAGUAGCUUGACUACUUUGAUGAUGGAUGGUGGAAAUGAAGAAGUGAAUGAGCCUCUAAAAAUCACCCCUUUGAAGACUCUGAUUGAUACAACUAAGCCUGGGACAUAUUGGAUUCUUGGUGAGAUUUCAUAUCUUGAAAAUACACCAGAUUGGUGUUACUUGGGGUGCACUGAAUGCAACAAGAAGGUUAUACCUGAUGGUUCCCAAUUUACAUGAUCGGGAUGUGAUCUUAGGAUGCCGCAUGGGGUUUACAAGUUUAAAGCUAAUGUCCACGUUUUUGACAUCACCGGUCAUGCCUCUUUUAUGCUUUGGGACCGAGAGUGCAAAGACAUUUUGGGUGGGAGUGCCCUUCUUGUAAGAGAGAUGAUGCUUGAGAGAAAGAUGGACCCAAAUUUGUUCCCGGAAGAGCUGAACCAUUUAAAUGGGAGAAAAGGUUUGUUUAAUGUUGUUGUCAAGUCCGAGUGGGGUAGUCCUCAUUGGAACGGUCCCAGAACUUUUGGGGUACGGUCUUUUGUUUCGGAUCCAAGAAUUCUCAAGAAGUAUGAACAUGUUUUGGACAUUGUUGAUGAUGACUCAAAGGAAGAUGUUGAUUUGUGGAAUUCUCUUGAAGAUCUUAGUCAAAAAGUUGAAACAGUGAUUGGAUCAAACAACCCAAGUUCUAGCCAAGGCGAGGCGACUUCACGGAGGAAGAUGGAUGCUAUUGAAGGGAAUGAUCCGGUUAAGAGACAACUUCUUGACGAGCUCUCAACAACAACUUCCAAGAAGAAGGUGAAAAGGGAGCAUUUGGAAAAAUGAAUGUUUGGAAAUCUGUACUGAUUGAAACCCAUGGGGAAGAACAUGAUUUGGUUUUUUGUCUUUUUUGCACAUUCCUGGACUUUGUCCAGUUAUCCUAUGGGGUUUAGACAAUUUCUGAAAUAUUUGUGGCAUAUCCAGUUUGUUAUCUGGAUAUUAUAUUAUGUUGAUUUUAAUAUUUUGCUACGAUGGGACCAAAACAUGUUUGGGAAGAAUGUUGGGAAUUCAUGGCCGAUGAUAUACUACAUCGCCAACGUUGUCUUCUAAGUCAUCAAGGUUUGACCUUAACCGAGGAUCAAAUCAAGAAUUAUGCCUUGA